GGGAAGGAUUUCAAAAUGGCGAUGAGAAAUGUGCUCCGGUUGAGGAACUUUUCUCGGCAUUUUCCAGAUGUUUUAAAGGCACAAAGCAGAUCAGCUGGUUCUGUCGCUCAAACAGCCUCACAGUCCAAGACCUCUACAUUUAUAACUCUGAGUGCAUUAGCUACUGGAGGMUUUGUCACAGGAUAUCUUUUACAACCUGAUGUCAGUGCUGAAGAAUUAGAACUGCACCCUCCAAAGCUGCCAUGGAAUCAUAAAGGGGUUUUUAGUUCCUUGGAYCAUGCCAGCAUUCGUAGAGGGUUUGAAGUGUACAGGCAAGUGUGUGCAGCAUGUCAUAGCAUGGAGAGAAUUGCAUUCCGUCACUUAGUAGAUGUUUGUUACACAGAAGAAGAAAUGAAAGCCAUAGCUGCAGAGUACGACAUUGAAGAUGGUCCUGAUGAGGAGGGAGAGAUGUUCACCAGACCAGGAAAGCUUUCAGAUAUCCUUCCAAACCCUUACAAAAAUGAGGAAGCAGCAAGAUCAGCAAAUGCUGGUGCCUAUCCACCAGACUUGAGUUUAAUAUGUCUUGCUAGACAUGGUAAUGAG